AUGCUCUGCCAUGGCAGUGUGUCUCUGGUCGCUGUGCCAUGGCAGUGUGUCUCUGGUCUCUACACCACAUACUGUGCCAUGCCACUGUGUCACUGGUCGCUGUGCUAUGCCAGUGUGUUUCUGGUCGCUGUGCCGUGCCAGUGUGUCUCUGGUCGCUGUGCCAUGCCAGUGUGUCUCUGGUCUCUACACCACAUGCUGUGCCAUGCCAGUGUGUCUCUGGUCUAUACACCCGAUGCUGUGCCAUGCCACUGUGUCUCUGGUCGCUGUGCCGUGCCAGUGUGUCUCUGGUCGCUGUGCCGUGCCAGUGUGUCUCUGGUCUAUACACCCGAUGCUGUGCCGUGCCAGUGUGUCUCUGGUCUAUACACCCGAUGCUGUGCCGUGCCAGUGUGUCUCUGGUCGCUGUGCCGUGCCAGUGUGUCUCUGGUCUAUACACCCGAUGCUGUGCCAUGCCAGUGUGUCUCUGGUCGCUGUGCCGUGCCAGUGUGUUUCUGGUCGCUGUGCCGUGCCAGUGUGUUUCUGGUCGCUGUGCCAUGCCAGUGUGUCUCUGGUCUCUACACCACAUGCUGUGCCAUGCCAGUGUAUCUCUGGUCUCUACACCACAUACUGUGCCAUGCCACUGUGUCACUGGUCGCUGUGCUAUGCCAGUGUGUCUCUGGUCUCUACACCACAUACUGUGCCAUGCCACUGUGUCACUGGUCGCUGUGCUAUGCCAGUGUGUCUCUGGUCGCUGUGCCGUGCCAGUGUGUUUCUGGUCGCUGUGCCAUGCCAGGGUGUCUCUGGUCUAUACACCCGAUGCUGUGCCAUGCCAGUGUGUCUCUGGUCGCUGUGCCGUGCCAGUGUGUUUCUGGUCGCUGUGCCGUGCCAGUGUGUCUCUGGUCGCUACACCACAUGCUGGGCCAUGCCAGUGCGUCUCUGGUCUGUACCCAGAGAAGGGGAGAGGAGGGCGAGGAGGGCGAGGAGGGCGAGGAGGGCGAGGAGCCGCCGCCGUCGCCGCCGCAGCGCUGGCUGUCCUGGAUCGCAGCGCCUGAGGACAGAUAA